AUGAAAGGAGACCAUUUUCUCAUAAGCACUCUUGCCAUUUUGGCAUUUUCAACGUUCCUUGCCUCGCCUAUGACCCCAGUCCUCUUCAGGACUUCUGUGUGGCACUUAAGGACAUCAAAGAUGGUGGACCCAAAGCUUGCCAAUGCAAAUGAUUUCUUCUUUUCUGGGCUUCAAAAUCCAAGAAACACACAAAAUCCGACUUUGCACCCAAAUGGUCUAAACCCUCCUCACACUCACCCUCGCGCCACCGAAAUCCUUGUGGUCUUGGAAGGAACACUCUAUGUUGGUUUCGUCACAUCCAACGGGGAUGGCAAUCGCCUAUUCACCAAAGUGUUGAACAAGGGAGAUGUGUUUGUGUUCCCAAUUGGCCUCAUUCAUUUUCAACUCAAUGUGGGACAUGUCAACGCUGUAGCCUUUGCUGGGCUUAGCAGCCAGAAUCCAGGAGUGAUCACCAUAGCCAAUGCUGUUUUUGGCUCCAAGCCUCCCAUCAAUCCUGAUGUUCUAACCAAGGCCUUCCAAGUUGACAACAAGGUGGUUGACUAUCUCCAGAAACAGUUCUGGUACGACAACAAUUAG